CGCACAGGAUGGAUUUGGUAGGUAGCAACCUGAUACUGUACGGUACUGGUCGGUAUACAGGGACCGGUUGAUCUAGAAUGGACGAAUGAAAUGCUUUAAAUGUAACAUAUCGAUGGAUUUCUCAACUUUUCCAUUAUCAAAUUCGUCCGUUGUUAUAAAGAUAGAAUGUGUGAAUGCAUAAUGGUUAAGUAGGCUAGAUGAGCUAUGACAGGAGAGCUAAAUACGGACCAUUCCUGUUUGGAUUUCAAAAUGAAGCGACCCAAAGGAAUUGUGGCAGAUUUGGUGCGUUACAACACUGUCUCGUGGGACGUUUGUUAUGGAGCCGCAUUACUUUCUCACUCAAACAAGAUCUAAGAAUGCGUAACAGUACUUCAAUGGUUGGAAGUAAAAUCUAAACCUUUUGGCUAACAUGAAUGUAUUGUCCGGUUCUGCUAACUCACUAACAUCAGCUAACAAUCGCAGGUAUACAAGCGUAGACUAAAUUUAGCUGGCAUGCCAAGUGUGUGAAUUGGAGGAACUGUAAAACACCUAUCCCGCCAUUGUGCCCUUGGGUAAGGCACUUAACCUAUAACCUGCUCCAGGGGCGCUGUACUGCCACUGACCGACCGGUGCCUCCCUCAACGUGUGUUUCUUCACCUAGAAGGAUUUGGAGAGGCAGAAGACAACUUUCCUUUAAAGUUUCACCCAACAAUGGACUACAAAAUUAUAUGAUAUUCUGUUCUGUUUUCGUAGAACACCGCAGUUCAAAAUGAACGUGUUCAAAAUGAGGAAAGCCGUUGUAAAAGAAGCGGUUAAACGUUUUCCAUGGCUAGCCAACGUUACUCUGUAUGGCUGCCUGUUUGCCGGCGGCGACUUCGUCCAUCAGAUGAUCGCACAGAGAGAAGAGAUGGACUGGAAACACACCAGAAAUGUUGCCAUAGUGGCCAUUAGCUUCCAUGGAAACUUUAAUUAUUUCUGGUUGCGGGCUUUGGAAAGCCGUUUCCCCGGAAAAUCUCCCGGAAUGCUCUUCCGCAAACUGCUCCUGGACCAAAGUUUUGCGUCGCCCUUGGCAACUAGUGUCUUCUACACAGGUAACGUGCAUUUUACUGUGGAACGUUUAAUAUAAGUCAAUCUAUUAUAGCCUAUAACAAUUUUCGAAUUUUCUAAAGUGGCCUACAUAGAAUUACCGUAUAUAGAAACAGACCAAUGCGUCAUGUCCAUUGGGUGAUAGGCCUAGGUUAGGCUACUCUCCUAUAGCCUAACCUUGGAUGUGUGUAUUUGUAAAUGCUGAAUGUGAUGAACAGACUGCAGUGAUCUAACGUGUACUCGUUCAAAAGGUCAUGUGCAAAUGUGUGACCUAAAGUGUGACCUAAAGUCUUUCCUUCUUCCUUCUCCAGGAGUGAGUUUCUUGGAGAAUAAAGACGAUAUCUUCGAGGACUGGAGAGAAAAGUUCCUCAACACCUACAAGGUAAGAUGAAAUCAGAAGGAACUGGAACCGACCGACAUACAGACAGAGAAGAAAGAAAGUCACCUUCCGCCUGCCUGGUCUGAGCUCACCCCCGAUUAACCCAGAUUAUGGCACCGCUUUCGCGCAGCAAUGGGCAGGCGGCCAGGGAUACGGCAAUGCAUGACAAUUACUGCCAGUGGAAAACAAGCAACGAGCCCAACUCUUCCAGGCCCAACAACCGCUGUAAAAUAAUACUGAGAUGCGGGUAGAACAUAUUCCCCCUGUUGAAAUAAAAUAGAAGAGUACAGGGCAGUAGGAGUGGAGAGACAUAGAGAGGGAUGCUGCUGGAAGAAGUCUCUGAUUGUGAUAUGAGUGGCAAAUCAAGUCAAACUUUAUUUAAAGUGCUUUAUUAUCACAGUCUCACGAUACACUUUAUAAAGAGAAUACAAACAGAGAGAUAAACUCAGCAGGCAUAGAUACAUACAUACAGACAGACAGACAGACAGACAGACAGACAGGCAGGCAGACAGGCAGGCAGGCAGACAGGCAGAUAGAUAGAUAGAUAGAAAUGACAGGCAGGCAGACAAAAAGACAGACAGAAAGACAGGCAGACAGACAGACAGAUAGAUAGAUAGAUAAAAAUGACAGGCAGGCAGACAAAAAGACAGACAGAUAGAAAGACAGGCAGACAGACAGACAGACAAGCAGGCAGGCAGACAGACAGACAGACAGGCAGGCAGGCAGGCAGACCAGACCUGCUAGUCAGUUAAUGAUGUGAAGGAUCUGUGUUAAAACGGAGCUCUUGGAAUGCUGUAUUUGACUUGGUUUGAUAAUUAACAUGUAUCUUGUCUCUUUGAAUUUCAGACUGGACUCAUGUACUGGCCUUUCAUGCAGGUGAAUGAUAAGGAUGCCAUUGAUAGACAGUGUGUUACUGUACUGUAAAUAUCCCAAUGUAUUGAUAAUAAACUACAUUGGUGAAGGCAUAACAUCCUGCUCUGAAAUGUCCCUACCAACUAAUACACAUGCACCGGAAUUUACUAUAAACAUCAGGUUGAUCCUGUGCUGUGUCAAUACAGUAGUGUCACACACACACACACACACAUCCUUCUCUGUUCUAUUUCUGUAUCAUGGUUUAUUUACUGUUAGAGAUAACCAUCUUCUUCUGCGGGAGUGAUGAUCUGAUGUCAUAACUGUUAUCACACACACCUGUCAGUCAGUGGUACAUGUGCAGUGUGCUGUAAUACAACACUAGUGUUAUUUUCUGAUGUACUUCAAACUGACACCUGUUUUUAUCUACCCCUUUCCACCUUCCUCUCUCCCUCCCCCUUCUACCCUCUUCACCCCCCUCCUCCUCCCCCUCCCUCCCCCUCACGCUCCCUCCCUCCCCCUCCUCCCCAGUUCCUAAACUUCAUCCUGAUACCUCUAUACCUGAGGACAGCCUUCAUGGGCUGUUGUGCGUUCCUGUGGGCCACCUUCCUGUGUUUCUCCCGGCAGAGCGGGGACGGUACGGCCAGCGUGGCCCUAGCCUUCUUCCUGUAUCCCAAACAGAGGCUGCAGGCCGCCCGGGAGGCCCACCUCGCACGCAAGAAACAGAAAGAAGAGGAAGAACUGCAGCAGAGCACUGAGAACUAACUGAAUUGGUUCAGUGAGAUUCGAUUCAAUUCAAGAAACAGAAAACAUCAAGCACUGAGAACUGAACUGGUUUAAUGAGAUUCAAUUCGGGAAACAGAAGAAUCAAGCACUGAGAACUGAACUGACUUAAUGAGAUUCAAUUCAAUUGAGGGAACAGGAAAACAGAGGAGGACCCGAGCACUGAGAACUGAACUGUUAAAACUGAACUGCUAAAAUGUUAUUUCAAUUCAAGGGCAUCAAGACAAGGCAUGAGGGCAUGGUUGGAGGGUGACAACACACUGUCAUCAUGUGAGGACAGGCCAGGCUCUCACACCUUAGAAAAAACUCAAAACAGAUAGUUUGAUUGAAUAUAACUUUAUUGAUAUCCUCAGGGGAAAGGAAGAGUGAAUAUAACUUUAUUGAUAUGCUCAGGGACA